UGAUCACUAAGUAUCAUCGACAGGUCACGCGAGAAGUCAUGAAACGUCAUCACCCAAUUCGAGUGUCUCCACGAGACAACCGCAGUCCACCUGGGGAUGAGCCAACGGGCGCCAAUUUGUCAGAAUCAGAAUUAUCGCAACGCCUUGCCGAUAUCGCUUUCGAUGAUGGAACCGACAGCAGCAGAAGUAGAUCAACUCGGAAUCCACCAGAAGGGCAAAGGAAUAUGCAAUUCGAAGGCGUUUCUGCGUCUCAAUCGGGCACCAAUCGCCGACGAACGGAGAUGCCAGCUGAAGGAUUGUACCCAUCUCAAUCCAGAUCUAAUUUCAGCGUCCGUACAGCCGACAUGGCUUUCGAUGAUGGAAACGACAGUCAGAUGUCCGGAGUAAGGGCACCACCAGUCACUCCCCGGAACCGACAAAGAUCGGUCCGACCUUCCGGAUCCAACGCUCAGCCAAGCGGCCGUGCACAGCCAGAUUAUCGUGAUACUCGUCAAAGACCGUCUCAAUCGCGAGACCGCUCCAAGCAGAAUCGUACGGGAACCCCGCAUGGAGCUGAAGAAUUAGGAAGAGAGCCUGACCGAUCUUCAAGAUCUGCCAGAAAUGAAGGACCGCGAGCCGAGACCGGAAGAGAAAAGAGAUCAAGUGAGGACAGAAAGCGACAAGUUCCACCUGAGGAGCCACGUCGAUCUUCUCACCAAAGCAAAACAGCCAAAAGUGAAGAACAAAAAGGACACGAUCAUCCGAGAAGAGUGCCACCACCAACAUCGCCCCGUGCAUCCACUGAAGAAUCUUUCUAUGAGAGAAUUCAUUCGAUCAUGCGAUCAUCUUUUGCUCGUCGACGUGCUCGUCGACGUUAGUCACUCUGUUUC